AUGGAGAUGAUUAAAAUGGGGCCAAUUGGCUCGAGAGAUCACAUUCUUAAAACCGAAUGGGAUGAGAUGGGCCACAACAUAAUCUCACACAUAAUCAUCUCGUAUGACAAAAGUGGAGUAAGAUCCAUCCAGUUUGGUUACGUCGACAAUGGAGCUCUGGUCAUGUCAAAAAUCUAUGGAGCGUCACCACUUGGCUAUAGCAGCCGAAUCGAAACACGAAGCGGUUCACUUGACAUUCGAUUCAAGAUUUUCAGCACCUCAGAAGAUGGAGUUACAUUCCGGGAUACUUGA